CUCUCUCUCUCUCUCUCUCUCUCUCUCAGGUGUCCACAUUUUCCAGAUCAUGUACGGCUGUGAGUGGGAUGAUGAGACUGGUGAGGUCAAAGGUUAUGAACACCAUGGUUUUGAUGGAGAAGACUUCCUGAUUCUGGACCUGAAGACAGAGUCAUGGAUCGCUCCAAGACAACAGGCUGUCCUCACCAAACAGAAGUGGGAUCAGAACAAAGCUUUGAUGGCACAGAACAAGAACUACUUCACCCAGAGUGUCCUGAGUAUCUGAAGAAGUAUGUGAACAAUGGGAGGAGCACUCUGAUGAGAACAGAGAUCCCCUCGCUGGCUCUGCUCCAGAAGACCCCCUCCUCUCCAGUCCGCUGCCACGCUACAGGUUUCUACCCGGACAGAGCCGUGAUGUUCUGGAGGAAAGACGGAGAGGAGCUUCACGACAACGUGGACCAAGGAGAGACCCUGCCCAACCACGACGGAUCCUUCCAGAUGAGUGUGGACCUGGACGUCCCCGCUGGAGACUGGGGGAAGUACCAGUGUGUGUUUCAGCUCUCUGGUGUGGAGGACAAGGUCCUCGUCCUGGACUCAGCUGAGAUCAAGACCAACACAGGGAACCCCCUCCUCCUCAUCAUUGGGGCUGCAGUGGCUGCUCUCCUCCUCCUCCUCAUCGCUGGGAUCGGAUUCCUGGUUUACAGAAGGAGGAACGCCAAUAAGAACUCUCCCUCUCCGGCCUCCAGCGCUGAGCUCACCCAGCUGAAUCAGCCGUCUCAGUGAGGCGCUUCAUCCCCUCUCCAGCUGCUGUCUCUCAGAGCCGCCUCUCUCUCUGCUGUGAAGCGUCUGGAGGAGCAGCGGUACAGUUCAGAUCCUUCUGCAGAGCGCCGUGGGGAAGGCUCGCUCUCUGGAGCGCAGAUAUUAGGAAAUCAAUGACAUCAGUUCAAUAAAAUAGAGAAGCAGCAAUUGGAAAUAGAAUAAGCACCUGAGGGAUAUCUCAGGUCUAAAUCAGGUCAAUGUUGGGCUUUAAGGACUCGAUCUCACUUCUUUAUGUCCUCUUCUUUAGGGUUAUGGGUCAGGCAGCACUGCACCACUUCUCCCUGUAAACUGGGAACCAUUGAUUAUCCUGGGAUCAUUACCUGGUAAUAUUAGGGUUUGAAUCCAGCAGGAGACGCUCACUGAUUGGAUGACGAUUGGGUUUCUGGCAAAUCAAUAUUAUGUAACACACACACACACACACACACACACACACACACACACACACACACACACACACACACACACACACACACACACACACACACACACAGACAAACCUAUGUUCAUACACUCCUGGAGCUGGACAUGUGAUGAUACACCUGUCCUUCAGAAGAGCUUUAUCUGCUCUCUGUGCCGAGGAUCCAUUCCUCCAGCUCUAUCAGAACCACCAUCAGAACUCAACCCAAGACCCCCACACCACACACACACACACACACACACAGUUCCUGAUGUGUAAAUAUGAGGCGUUUGAUGUUGUGUUUCUGAAUGAUCUUUAGUUAGUUGUUUGUUUACAGCAUCUCUCUUUUUUUUUUUUUUUUUUUAACUUCUUUUUAUUGAAAAAUAUAGGUUAUAAACAGAGACACAUCAGUACAGUUACAUGAGUUUUUUUUUUUUUUUUACACACAAGAAUCCCCCCCUCCCAUCCCAUCCCAUCCCACCCUGACUGGACCAAAUAAUAAAAAUAAAAAUAAAAAUAUAUAUAUGUAUAUAGAAGUUUUACAAUACAGAUAGAAUGAAAAAACAGACUUGAAAUUGAAACAUAAAUAUACACAUAUGAUUUCUGUGAAGGAUGGCACUCUUUCAAAGCCAUAUCAUGACAACCAUUGUGAUCAAUAUAGUCAGGUGUUUACAGUGUAGCUUGAAUAUAGAGGUGGGGAAGUAAUUACUCUAGAUUCAGCUAAAAUGUCCACUCACUACAUCGGUAAGGCUUGGAGGUUACUAAAAUAUGACAUUAGUGAUCCCCACACUGAGAGGAAUUUGUUAGAACCUCUUAUUGUGAAUUUGAUCUUCUCCAGGUGUAAAAACAUCAUUACAUCUUUAAGCCACUGUGCUGCAGUGGGUGGAGCGCUUGAUUUCCAAAGCAGUCAAAUUUGCCUACGUGCCAAUAAAGAUACAAAUGCUAUGAUGUUGA